AUGCCGAUCCAGAUUGCGAGCCAGAAGACAUAUAAGCCCCCCGUCCAGAAGACUACCCCCCAACAGAAGGAAACUUCAUUGUACCAAACGCUGCAAGGUAUCUGGCAAGGCAUACGCGAGAACCGAGACACAUUCCUGGCGCCCAUCGUCAGUCAAGAAGACACCAGUCUCGCUGAGCGGACAUUGUAUGGUUGUAGUGGUGAUGGCUACGCCGACCUGCUUUAUAGGUCAAUUUCCCCACGACUUCGCGACAUUAUGGACCACGGCCACUUCAACCCGACGGAGUUCCUGGAUCCGAAGAAGGGUGUCCAACAGAUGGACUCGAAGUGGCCGAGCGACGACUACGCAGUGAUUUACCUGAUGGUUUCGGAAGGCGUCCAACAUGGGAUCAAGGACCUAGUUCAACCACGAGCACAGAAUAACCUGGCCAUUUACGUGGGUCAAGCGGCAAAUGGUCCCAACCGUUGUCUGACUGGGGGUUCCAGCUGCCACCAUUGGCUUCUAUCUCACCCCGACCUCAGACACGGGAGUUGCGUGAAGUACAAGGUUGCAAGAACUGGGAAGAGAACGGUGUGGAUUCCCUUCAUGCUGAUCAAAAAGUCCAGCAGUGAGGUCCAUGGUGUGGGCUGGGAAGAUAUCGUUCACGUUGCUGAACUCACCACCGUCGUUCUAUUGAAGACGUGGAACCCCCUGGUUCUAAUGACUGCGAACCCCCAGCAGAUGGGUAGUUACGCACGGGACUACGAAGCGGCUUCUGCAUUCAGGGCACUCAUCGACAAGGUAUCUCAGAAGACUGGUUGGAGCCCGGCACCGACCCUGGGCACAAAUUGGACGACUCCCAUUUACUCCAUGAUGCCCGAGGAACGCGUCUGGGUAUCGUGGUACGAUAUUGCGCGGCAGUCCUACUUCUUCCGCACUCGUUGUACCACGCACUACUACAGCCCGGACCGUACACUGAAGCCGAAGACCACGAAGAAAGGCACAGUCACAGCACGUGGCCCAGGAACAUCAUUGUGCCUCAACAUCUCGGGGCGCAAAUUGACCAUACCGAACGCUGUGAACAAAGCUGGCCACCUCGAGCCUGGUGAUGGAGUGCAUCUUAUUUGUGGGAAUCCAGAGAUCGAGAAACUCGCGUCCAUGGGCCUCAAAUUCCAGUGGGAAGACCCAUCUUCCGGACAGUGGAAAGAAUGCAUUGGACAGCGUCAACGAUUGUUUCGGAACGGGGAGGUCUCCCAGCUCACAACUGGGAUGCACAUCUUCUCUAUCUUGACACAGAGGGUCUAUGUCAGUCAUAAUAAUACCCAACCCCCCGAUUGGAUGGCUACCGGCUACAGAAACACGGUCAAGAAGAUCAAAUACGAUCAUCUUAAGCAAACCCAGACCUUGGAAACGGUGGUGAGGAGGACAGUCCCCUGGCCGAAGGACAAUACUGUCAACGAGAAUCGAAUGCGACUGCAGGCAUAUCUUCAGGGAAAGGGGGCUGAUACGGUGCUGGAUGACAAAAAGCGAAUGGCAAAGCCUCGUGGGCCAGCCCGAGAGAAUUGUGACCUGUGUUACUCACUUAUGACCACGGACCCAUGCGGCUACGAUGAAGAAACUCUCAGCUGCUGGAGGUGCAGGGCUUUCAAUCGACCCUGUACAUGGACUGUCAAAGCUGACGGUCCUGGAACCACUUACGCGUCGGGCGCGAAGAAGUCCACCAUUGACCUGCUGGCAUCCGGGGGUCCAUUGGACGGCCUCGGAAUACCAGCACUGUUCCAUCGUGCCGCGAACAUGGUGAAGCACCCACAGGCAAUGGUGUGGACAAUCGAACCCCCGUUUGCUGUGGGAAUCGAAUCCGAUGUUGCUGAGGAACAGAGGGAUGCCCCCAUGCCGAACAUGGAUGAUAUCGAGGGAAGUGAUGAUGAGGAAUAG